AUGAUAGGAAUGCAAAAAAGACCAUCGCACUGGGGCGAGCAGUACAACAGCUGUACCGGGAAGCACCAGAGUCCGAUCAACAUCAACUCGCUGGACGUGAAGAAGGUCAACCUGCCACCGUUGGUCUUCGACGGGUUCGACAUUGCCCCGCGGCAGACCAAUUUGACCAACAAUGGGCACACAGUGGCCGUCACCGUCAAGUCUGACCACAUCCCGACAAUCUCCGGGGGUCCCCUGCACGGCGUCUACCAGUACUCGCAGCUGCACUUCCACUGGGGUGACAAUGACACCUUCGGCAGCGAGGACAUGAUCGACAAUCACAUCUUCCCCAUGGAGUUGCACGUGGUGUUCUUCAAGCGGGACUACCGGAACGCCAAGACGGCCCUCGAUCACUCGGACGGGCUGACGGUUCUGGCGUUUUUCUACGAGAUCUCCUCCGAGGACAACCCCCGCUACGAAGAAUUUGUCCAGCUGCUGGGCAACGUGACCAACUCCCACAAGACGGCCACCUUCGCGGAUCCGCCCUCGCUGAAGGAGCUGAUCGCGCAGGACCUGCUCCACUAUUACACGUACAACGGGUCGCUGACGACACCCCCGUGCAGCGAAGUGGUCACGUGGAUCGACUUCAAGGAGCCGAUCAUGCUGUCCCAUGCGCAGAUCGAGGCGUUCCGUGCGCUCGAGGACGAGGAGGGCCACCCGUUGACGCACAACUUCCGGCCCAUUCAACCGCUCGGGGAUCGCGUGGUGCUGUUCAACACGGACGAAAUCAUCAAGGACGUGGACCUGGGCGUGGAUGUGCCCCCGAGUGAGGUGGAAAACAGCAACCGGGUUGAGGAAGAUGUGCGAAAACCCAAGCAGGGCAAGAAGGGCAAGGACAGUGGCGUCGCGAGGGGUACACCGGUGGAGAGUUGGGUGCUUUUGGGGUUGGCCUCGAUGGCGCUGCUGGUGGCUAGUCGGCACUGAAGAAACUGAAACUCCUCCGCUACAGGGCAAGGUCGUGAAGAUUUGAACCAAACAUUGUAAAUAGCUCGCUUGUCAGAGAUUAGUGAAAAACUGUUCCUCCGUGAUGACAAAAUGAUAGCAAUUGGGAAUUAUUUGUGAGUAGCUAAAAUUUUAGUGUGUGUGACAAAAAUUAAUAAAGAGUAAGCAUCGUGAAUGUUUCAGUAUUGUAUGGUUAUGCUAAAAGAAGGUUGAAAACCUCCAGAGUUUUGACUCUGUGAAAUGCCUACAAAAGGAAUACGACAACUAGAAAUUAAAAAAAAAAUAACAAUCAAAAGGAAACAUAAACCAUCGCCUCAACUAUUGUAGAAUCGGAUCACAACCAAAUAAUUUAUCACUUAUUUAAUGUACAAUGUAAGCAGGAACCAAAAAUCAAUUAUUAGACUGUAAGGUCAUCAAUAGAAACAAAAAUAAAAUCA